AUGUCUGUCAAGUUCCAGGAGGAGACCAUUCGCGCGGUCACCGGCGGCAAGUCGGAGGAUCUCGCGCACCGCGUCGGUGAGCGAUUGACCGGUGGAAAGACCCAGACGGGUUAUCUGGCGGCCUACCUCCGCCAGCUCCAGCAGAACCCGCUGCGCACCAAGAUGCUUACCUCUGGUGUCCUCUCCGGUCUGCAAGAGCUCCUCGCCUCGUGGCUCGCCCAUGAUGUCGGCAAGCACGGCCACUACUUCAGCUCGCGCAUCCCGAAGAUGUCGCUGUACGGCAUGUUCGUGGCCGCGCCGCUGGGUCACGUCCUGAUUGGCAUUCUCCAGAAGAUCUUCGCCGGUCGCACCAGCCUGAAGGCCAAGAUCCUCCAGAUCCUCUUCAGCAACUUGAUCAUCUCCCCCAUCCAGAACAGCGUUUACCUGUGCUCAAUGGCUAUCAUCGCCGGCGCGCGCACCUUCCACCAGGUUCGCGCUACCGUCAAGGCCGGCUUCAUGCCCGUCAUGAAGGUCAGCUGGGUCACCUCCCCGCUCGCCCUGGCUUUCGCACAGAAGUUCUUGCCUGAGCACACCUGGGUGCCUUUCUUCAACAUCGUCGGUUUCUUCAUCGGCACCUACGUCAACACCCACACCAAGAAGAAGCGCCUCGAAGCCCUGCGCAAGCGCUACGACCAGCGCCGUGACCCCGCAUACGAGAAGCGCGACUACCCUUAA